AUGCAAUGUCUUGAUGACCAGAUAUCUCCUCUGCUGCAAUUGCAACAUCAUCUUUACUAUGCCCCUAAUUUUACUUUCUCUUCCAAAUUCAAGCUUUGGGAUCCCAACACUGAUUGUUGCUCCUGGGAAGGAGUUACUUGUGAUGCUUAUGGUCAUGUUAUUGGUCUUGAUCUUAGUUACAAAAACCUUUCAGGCAGCUUUCACUCCAUAUUCAAUCUCCAUCGUCUUCAGCGCCUUAAUCUUGCUGGAAACAACUUUAAUACCACUCUGUUUUCAUAUGGGUUUGACAAACUCCAAAAUCUAACCCAUCUCAAUCUUUCAAGCUCAUGUUUCCAUGGCCAAAUUCCAGUGGAGAUAUCAUACUUAACGAGGUUAGUCUCUCUUGACCUAUCGAAUCAAGAUUCUUGUUAUCUGCGGUACUACACCAUUAUCGACCCAUACAAUUACGUAUACAACUAUUAUGAACUACAUCCUGAACUUGAACAACCUCUUAAAUUAGAGAAACCAAACUUCAAGACAUUAAUCAAGAAUUUGAGGUUUCUCACAGAGCUUUAUUUGGAUAGUGUGGACAUUUCAACUCAAAGUACUAAAUGGUGUGAAACCACAUCUCUUGUACUUUCCAACCUGCGUGUGUUGAGUCUAUCGUACUGUGGUUUGAAAGGUCCAUUAUGUUCUUCACUCUCAAGGCUCUCUUUUCUUUCCAAACUUAUCCUUGAUGGGAACACAAUCUCGUAUUUACCUCCCAAUUUCUUGGAAAUUUCGUCUCAUUUGAGUUUGUUGCUUUCUUCUUCAAAUUUCAGUGGAAAACUACCCCAAUCAAUUGGUAAUCUCAAGUUCCUGACAUAUUUAGAGCUUUCUUAUUGCAAUUUUUUUGGACCCAUUCCAUUGUCAAUUGCAAAUCUUAGUUCCCUGGUCAACCUAGAUCUAGCAGGAAACAAGCUUUCUGGAUCAAUACAUUCUUCUUUAUUUACUCUUCCAUCAUUAAAGUCCUUGUCUCUUUCAGAAAAUCAAUUGGUUGGGAAAAUUGAUGAGUUCCCCAAUACAUCUUCUUCUUUGAUUCAAGAAUUAUAUAUAGGCAAUAAUUAUUUAACAGGACCUAUCGCGAAGUCAAUCCUCCAACUUCCAAGGCUUGAAGGGCUUUAUAUUAGAGGCAAUAGCUUCAGUUCCAUGAAGCUUGACAUGUUUGUCCAACUCAACAACUUAAGGACUCUCUCGCUAAACAAUAUAAGCUUGUCAAUUGAAAGUGACAACAGAAGUCUUACUUUUCCCCAGUUAGAGAGCCUAAGCCUAAGGUCAUGCAACCUUACUGAAUUUCCAGAAUUCAUCAAAACACAAGACAAGUUGGUUGAGUUAUAUCUUUCUAACAACCAUAUCCAUAGUGUUGUGCCUAAUUGGUUGUGGAAGAGCAGUCUUUCAUGGGUAGACCUUUCUUUCAAUGUGAUUGAUUUUCUAAAACAGCUUCCUUUGAAUGAUGCAAACUUCUCUUUCCCAAUGUUGAAGCGAUUGUAUCUGGGAUCCUGUAACAUAAGUGCAUUUCCAGAGUUCUUAAAGGGUCAAGAAAAUUUAGGUUAUCUCGACCUUUCAAAUAACAAAAUAAGUGGUGCAAUACCAAACUGGGUGUGGAAGAAAAGUUUGCGGUAUCUGUUCCUUGCUAAUAACCAUCUCUCAGCUUUGGACCAUUUUUUACCCAAUCAGAGUUCAACUUCUUCACAAAGCUCCUUCGCUAGAUCUAUUUGCAAUUUGAGUCAGCUUAGAAAUUUCAAUGCAUCUCAUAACAAUUUGAGUGGCUCGAUUCCAAAUUGCUUAGGCAAAAUGAAUGCUCUCUAUUUGUUGGAUCUGCAAGGAAAUAACUUCAGUGGAAUGUUACCAAAAUUUUCAAAAGCAACCCAAUUACAAAUUCUCAAAAUUAGUGAGAAUAGAUUGGAAGGGAAGUUGCCUAGAUCAUUAGUUGAAUGCACUCAGCUUGAAGUUUUGGACGUGGGAAACAACAUGAUGAACGAUGCAUUCUCUUUUUGGUUGGAGAAAUUGCCUUACUUGACGGUUCUAAUAUUGCGGGAAAAUAGAUUUUAUGGCCAUAUUAAACAUUUCAAACAUAAAUUUGUUUUCCCAAAUUUGGAUGUGUUGGACAUUGCUUCAAACUAGUUUUCUGGUGAACUAUCCAUUGAUUUCCUUCAAGCCACUCGAUUAAGGUCACUCAAAAUAGGUGGGAAUAAAUUGAAAGGGAGGCUGUCGACAUCAUUAGCCAAUUUCACAGCACUUGAGGUUCUAGACCUUGGAAAUAAUAUGGUUCAUGAUACAUUUCCAUUUUGGUUAGAGAAGCUACCUUCCUUGAAGGUUCUCAUUUUGCGAGCAAAUAGAUUCUACGGCACAAUUACAAAAUUCAACUCGAAAAAUGGGUUUCCAAAGCUACGCAUAUUGGACAUUGCUUCCAACAAUUUUUCAAGCGACUUGUCCAUUGAAUUUUUGCAAAGCUUGAAGGCAAUGAUGCAGAUAACAAAUGAUGACAAAGCUAAGUUGGAUUACAUUGGGGAGGACUAUUAUCAAGACUCUGUGACAAUUGUUAACAAAGGGAUUGAAAUGUUCUACCAAAAGGUCUUGACGAUUCUUACUUGUCUUGACCUAUCCAACAAUAGUUUUCAUGGGAGAAUACCAGAAGAAAUAAAAAUGCUGAGGUCACUCAAAGUGCUAAACUUGUCCUAUAAUAGCUUCUCUGGCGAAAUCCCAGUAGCACUUCAAAACCUAAAAGAUCUAGACUCUUUGGAUCUCUCACAGAAUGAGCUGUCAGGGAAGAUUCCUCCACAGCUUACAACUCUAACUUUCCUAGAGGCACUGAACUUGUCUUACAACCCACUUGAAGGGAGCAUACCGCAAGGCAACCAAUUCAGUACAUUUUUAAAUGAUUCUUACCGUGGGAAUCCAAAAUUAUGCGGUCAACCAUUGUCCAAGAAAUGCAAUGAAGACCGUCUUCCAGUGCCACCGCCUCCAGGGGAGGAGGAACAGUCAUGGUUAUAUGCUAUGUCAACUUGGAAAAUUGUUUUGAUAGGUUAUGGUAGUGGUUUGGUCGCUGGCCUAUGUAUCGGAUAUACAGUGUUGAAUGAGUUGGGAAACAUAUGGGUUGAUACGUUCAAAAAAUAUGGGAAAAGAAACAGAAGAAGAUCUAGGUGACUAUGUCAGAAUUCAUGUAUCGAAGUCAAUAGGGAAAUGACCUCUGUCCUUCUAAGCUUCAAGUCAAUGCAUGUAAGUAGUGGCGGCAUUAAAUCAUUUUAAGUAGAAAACCACCCAAAGUAAGAUAAAAUUUAUCUUUUUUGUUUGGGUUUUUGGGCUAUAUAUUUUAUCAAACACAUGUUGGGCUUUAGGCUCGGGUGUAAUGGGUGGACCUAUUGGUCCGGGUUGUAGUGCAGCUUGACACUUGUUUUGUAUAAGUUUAUUUAUCUUUUCUAUAACAGUUUUAUUACUUUAAAAAUAAAUAAAUAAAAUAGAAUGAAAGAAA